AUGCAAUUCGAGAUGCAGGAAAGCAGCGUGAAAGGAAAAGCCAUGUCGUACCCAGUGACCAGCCAGCCCCAGUGCGCCAGCAACUGCUGCUACCAGACACAGGCCAGCGACUGGCACACGGGGCUCAUGGACUGCUGCAACGACAUGCCCGUCUGUCUCUGCGGCACUUUCGCGCCCCUGUGCCUGGCCUGUCGCAUCUCCGACGACUUCGGCGAGUGCUGCUGCGCGCCCUACCUGCCCGGCGGCCUGCACUCUCUGCGCACCGGGAUGCGCGAGCGCUACUGUAUCCAGGGCUCCAUCGGGCACGACUGUGCGGCCCUCACGUUCUGUCUGCCCUGCUCGCUGUGUCAGAUGGCUCGAGAACUGAAGAUCCGAGAAUAA